CACCCCAUGCUCCACCCAGUGUGACUGUCCUAGAAAUCUUGUCAUUACAUACACUAUUCAUCAAGUCCUUCAGUACCGUUCUGUUCAGUGUGCCUGACACUGUUCAGCUGCAGAGAUGAAUAACCAAGGCAUUACCUAUGCAGAACUUAAUAUUGUCAAGAACUCAAAAAGACAGCAAAUGAAAGCUAAGGGCACUAAAAGUUCCACUUCAGUAACUGAGCAGGAAAUAACCUAUGCAGAAUUAAAUCUUCAAAAUGCUUCUCAGGAUCUUCAAGGGAACGGCAAGAACUCCCACUGCAAAGGAAAGCUCAUUGCUGGGAUCCUGGGAAUCAUCUGCCUUGUCUUGAUGUCCAGUGUGGUCACAAUAGCUGUUAUUACCUUUACUGAAGGACCGGAGCAGAACCAAACAUCCAUGGAAACAAGGAUCCAGAAACCUUAUCACUGUUGUCCAAAAGAGUGGCUUACACAUUCUAACAAUUGCUAUUACAUCAGCACUGAAAAAAAAACUUGGAAUGAGAGUUCAAUGUCCUGUGCUAUUAAGAACUCUAACCUGCUCUCCAUAGAUGAAGAGGACAUGUAUUUGUUGAACUUCUUCAUUCGUUCUUCAUGGGUUAAAAUCUCUAAGAGUAAUACUUCAUCUGUGUGGCCAAAAGGCUUAACUUUCUUCUCUAAAACAUCAUCAGUAUUUUCAGAGAGUGACAAGAAUUGUCCAUUUUUCAUCGUCGAUUCAAACAUAGUUUCUCAUGCAUCCUGCUUAGAAUUAAAACCAUAUGUUUGUAAGCACCAGCCAUUCGUUACCUAAUUUGGUAUAAUGCUCUGUCACCAUCUAAAGAACUAUCUCUCAUUUCUUCUGAAGCCAUACAAUUGCUUUCUCAGAAUAUUUGUAAGAUGUUAUUUUUAGAGCAAUUUUCACAACAAAAUUAAGAGGAAGGUACAGAGAUUUCCUCAAUUGCCCCUGUCCACACACAUGAUGGGCUCUCCUGUCAUCAGCAACACUCACUAGCAUGGGUCAUUUGUUACAAGGAUGACCCUGCAGUGAUGCUUCAUAAUCUCCCAAAGUCCAAAGUGUACCUGCGCCUUCACCCUUCAUGUUGGUGUCAUACUAAUCUAAAACGUAAAUACUCAGGUACAUAGCAUUUCUCAAGCUUUUGCUAUUUAUUAAAAUGAAUUUUGCUUAAAUCACAAAUCAUAAUGUCAAGCAUUGUUUUUGUAAAUUCCUCAAUAAAGUGAAAAAUUCUACUAA